GAGAUAGACAGGAACGACUUUCCGCAGCAAAAGGGGAAAUGGCAGCGCUGCACCGCCGGGAAACUCAUAAAAAAGGUUGAGAAUUGCAGCGAACAACCAAUUUUUAUCAAGAAAGAGAGCGGGAGGAAGCGAUGAGUGUGUUUGGAGGAGACAGUUGGGGUCGGGAGGCUCAGUACAGGAAGCGAAGAGUAGAUGAUCUGAUAAUCGAAGGAAUUGAUGGGUGUGGUUAUAAGAAGCUCCCCAACGGCAAGUUGGUUUGCCUGCUCUGCCCCCACCAUCCCGUCCUUGACACCCCUUUAAUGCUUUCCCAGAUGCAUGUGAAGGGGUCACGCCAUCGAGCUGCAGAGUCCGAACAGAAGGAAAGAGAACUAUCGAGACAAUAUCAGAUAAAUAAGAGGAUUGCAUUGGCAGAUUCCUCUAGUACUGCUGUUUCCAGCACUAGUUCUGAAGUAAGAUGUGGAUCCACAAAGAAGCCUUUAAUUGAGCAGGUCCACAAAGCUGCUUCCGAGAUACUUGCUGGAGAAUCUCCUCAGUGCAGCACAUUGGAUAAAAGUGAUAAAAGUCCAGAUGUCCGAUCAGAUAUCUGCUACUAUAAAAAAGAAAAUCAAUCUAUUGCAAAGAGCAAUGCCACCGAAGUCGUAGCAGCUCCUGAAGUGGCCUUCCAGCAGCAAUUGGAUUAUAAAAAUCGUCGUGAGAGGGAGCUUAAGCUGAUUUCAGCUGGGUGGAAGCGUGAUGCCCAUGCCCGGUGGUUCAAGGAUGAAAAUGUUGAGUUUGAUUCUGAUGAGGAAGAUCCAAAUGUUUAUCUUGGACAGUGAGUGGGGGAAAAUCAUGAUGGAGCUUAUGAUUUCUGAUCCCCCUGUAGCACUGAUAAUGGCAUGAAAAUUCACUCACUGCCUUCUGCACACGAAAAAUUUGCUGCGUGCUGCACAAUUUUGUUGCUCUGCAUGGCUUAUGUGGGAGAGGGGGACUAGGAGGCUCGGUUGAAGCUGGUUCAGCAAAAGUAUAAAAUUCAGCUAAAUUGAAGAGUCCAGUUUUUAUGAUGUUCUGUAGCAAAAGCCUGGUGGUGUAGUUCGGAAUUUAGCUGAACUUGAGACAUUAACUGACGUUGGGAUCUUUUAUCUCAUGAAGUAAAGGCACCUUUUUGAGCUCUGCUGUCUAGAAAUUGCUUGAUGGAAACUAUAUACUGCGUAGCAUGCGUUUUGGCAAAAUUAUUACUAAUUCCGCUGUAAGGGGCAUCCUUCAUCCUUGCCUGACUGCUUUGGAGCUGGUGGUUGGAUUGCGUCUUCUUGAAGUUGGAUGAAUUUCUUUACGAGGUGAAGCCCUUCUGAUUGUUGUCAUCAUAAGCCCAGAAGAGGGCUAUGGAUGAGCGUCCCUCCCCCUUUCUUGUAGCAGCGGACCAAGCAGAAUACUUUUUUUAUUCGGGGACUUGGUUUACAAGAAUCCAUCAUAGGCCCAAAACCGUUUAUGGGGCAAACAAUUACGUCAGCCCGUGUAUGUGUAUCCUUUCCACGGAGAGAUCCUUUUUUUUUUUUCUUCCUUUCUUUCUCCAAAUUCCCAUUCGAAUGGAACUAAGGAAGGUUUCAGAGUCAAAUCAAGAACCUUAUGCGUGGUUGAUUGAUA